CCUCCUCCUCCACCUCCUCCUGACCCACAGGCACGAACAAGCCUUCAAAGUACGUGCGGCUGGCGGACACCACGAACAUCCAGAGCGUGCUGACUCUCCUGACGGACUACUGGCGGAUGAUGGAGCCCCAGCGCCCUCAGCUCGUCAUCUCGGUCACGGGCGGCGCCAAGAACUUCCGGCUCGAUGGAAAAAAGAACGAAAUUUUCUCCUCCGGGUUGAUCAAGGCGGUCAAAUCCACUGACGCCUGGCUUCUCACCGGAGGAGGUCAUGUGGGGGUCAUGAGGAGCGUAGGACAAGCCGUCAACCAGGGUCAAUAUAUCACCAAGGUCAAGCGGAAGACUUUUUCAAUGGCAAGUAUAAAACUCACUGAAAUAUAUCGAACUUGGACCUCGAUUCAUUAUACGAAGACCUCCUUUUCCACGAACUGCCAGGAACGCGACCACAUAGUGAGGGGGAUUCGGUGCAUCGGCGUGGUGCCUUGGGGAUACACUGAUGACAGGGACCUCCUCGUGUGUCCUGAUCCCUGCGACUUCGCGAAUGUAAAGUGA